CACAGUUUUUCUGCAUCCAUUGUAAAUUGAAAAUUUCGGACAAAACCAUGGACAGGGUAACUAGUUCUGGGUUACUGGGGGAUGUGCGUGCCUUAUCCUCAACAACGGUCAAGAAGCUGAUACCCAAUUGGCGAAGAACGAAGGCAUCGGCAAUGCCGACGGCAAUUCUCCCCUCUUCUUCUUCCUCUUGCUCUGCCUUAUUCCCAGUUGCCUAUUCUGCAACUACUGCUCUGUCUUCGUCAAUUUUGAUUCGAAGUAGCAACCCCUUGUCCAUCUCCACCCUCAGCAGAACAAACAGCAAAAGGGGGCUUAAUCUUCAUCUGGGUGUUCGAGCAAUGUCGUCACCGAUAAUUGAUAAGGAGACACCCGAGAGCCAACGGCCCCACACGUUCCUCCGAGACUCUGACGAAGAAUUGUCGGGAAAAUCGGAUUCUGUGAGAGGUCGGUUCGAGAAGAUGAUAAGAGAGGCUCAGGAUAAGGUCUGCUCUGCUAUCGAGGACGUUGACAGAGGUGGAAAGUUCAAGGAGGACGUGUGGUCGAGGCCUGGUGGCGGUGGUGGCAUCAGUAGGGUGUUGCAGGAUGGCGCUGUUUGGGAAAAGGCCGGUGUCAAUGUCUCUGUCGUUUAUGGAGUUAUGCCUCCCGAAGCUUAUAGAGCAGCCAAGCCUACUGACAAUGGGGACGUUAAGCCCGGCCCUGUUCCUUUUUUUGCUGCUGGGAUUAGCUCGCUCUUUUUUAAGGAUCUUCAUGUUGAUGUAGAUCGGUUUUACAUCCGAAGAACCCUUUUGCACCAACUUUGCAUUUUAAUUACCGGUAUUUUGAGACUAAUGCUCCAAACGUAUGAUGGAUCAAUGGGUGACUACUGCUCUACUCUCCUUCUAUGUGGGACAAGCAUGGGGUCUAAGGCUGUGAUGAAAAUGGACUCCUAA